UCCUGUCACAGCGAAUCAGCUUGUAGCCAGCGAGGAUUUAAACCAAGACUGCCAACCUGAAUCUACACCGCACCAUUCUCCAUUACGACUGUUCGCCUCGUUGUGGAAGAAACGCACAUCCCGAAAUGGCUCUUCGAGUAACCAGAAACCGCUUGGCUUCCACCAGGACCGACCUCGCUGGGAAGGCCUGCACAGCCGCCGGGCCCACGAUGAAGCCUCGAGCUGCGCUCGGCGAAAUCGGAAACAUCGCUAAUAACAACAAAGAAGUACAGAAGAAGAUGGUCAAGACAGAGGCCACCAAGAAGACCAAACCUGUCACCAGAAAAGCAGUUGUUGAGCAACCAAAACCAGAAAAUGUUGUUCCUGCCAAGCCGGAGCCCACGGUGCAGGUACAGGUACAGGUUCUCCCAGAACCAGCCUCCCCCACGCCAAUGGAGACCUCUGGCUGUGCGCCCGGUGACCUCUGCCAAGCUUUUUCUGAUGUCAUGCUUCACGCCGCUGUCCGCGACGUGGAUGCAGACGACUACGACAACCCCAUGCUCUGCAGCGAAUAUGUCAAAGACAUCUACAAGUACCUCAGACAACUUGAGGUUGAGCAGAACGUCAAACCCGCCUACCUGCAGGGUCAGGAGGUCACUGGUAACAUGCGGGCCAUUCUUGUUGACUGGCUGGUGCAAGUGAGCCUGAAGUUCCGCCUGCUGCAGGAAACUAUGUACAUGACCGUGGGAAUCAUUGACCGCUUUCUUCAGGAGAAACCGGUCCCCAAGAAGCAGCUGCAGCUUGUCGGUGUGACUGCCAUGUUCCUUGCUUCCAAAUACGAGGAGAUGUAUCCCCCUGAGAUCUCCGACUUUGCCUACGUGACCGACCGCGCCUACACCACCGCCCAGAUCAGAGACAUGGAGAUGACUAUUCUCCGGGUGCUCAAGUUCCAACUGGGCCGCCCUCUUCCUCUGCAGUUCCUGAGAAGGGCCUCAAAGAUUCACGAGGUAACUGCAGAGCAACACACACUGGCCAAAUACCUCCUGGAGCUCACCAUGGUGGACUAUGAGAUGGUUCACUUCCCACCUUCCAUGGUGGCAAGCGCUUCUUUGGCUCUCACCCUCAAGAUCUUGGACGCUGGAGACUGGGAUGUGACCCUGCAGCACUACAUGGACUACACAGCAGAGAGUUUGAUUCCUGUGAUGGCGCACAUUGCCAAGAAUGUUGUGAAGGUGAAUGAUGGGCUCACUAAGCACAUGGCCAUUAAAGGAAAGUACUCCACUUCGAAACAAAUGCGGAUUGCCACCAUCUCGCAGCUAAAGUCCUCGGUAGUGAAGGAUUUGGCUACGCAGCUCCCUCAGUGAGGGGACAGUGUGUUUGCACCAUGUGCUGACUUGUACAGUUGUAACUUAAAAUGUUUAAUGUGACAAUAGGAGCUGCACACCAAGACCAUGUCAGUUUAUGACCACAAACUGAACAUGUUUUAUUUUUUGGGAAAGCAUGCUACAAGUUUUAUUUUUCCUUUUUUAAUCUGAAAGCUGGCCCUCGACAUCUCUUUGCCCACACUUGCAGUUUUUUGGGGAGAGCCUGAGGUCGGCAGCAAACGACAACUUGGCUGCAUGUCUGACUCUUUAAUAUUCACAAUUGGCUCACUAUAAUUUGACAAAGUCCAAACUAUCCCAGACGAGCUAUUUUUAUUGCUUUGAAACACUUGUGAAGCAUCGCUCUAAGACGUGUGGCCUGCUUUUAAAAUAACUAAAGGGGCCAGUGUAGAGGUGUGGUUUUUUAUUUUUAAAAUGUGACUUUUAUUCUGUGUAAAGUGUACAGCUACGAUUUUAUGCCCUUGAAUGUCUUGUUCUUAAAGCCUUUAUUAAAUGGUUUCAACCAGACUCGCGCUCUCACAGCAGU